UUCCAGUGUUGCCAAAAGCAAACAACACCCUCCUCCCGCCAUUACUCGCCCGGACACCGACGCAACUUUUGCAAUGUCUCGAUGACACGCGGGACCCAUUUCUCCUCGCCCAAGACCACCUUAGGUACCACGCUUCUCUGCUCUCGCCCGUAGAGUGAGUAGUCACACCCUGCACAGUUCAAGCUUGCACUCCCCGAAGGCGCCCGAAUGGCGGAGCUGCGUGGCUUCGUGGCGGCGGCGGCUGUGAUGUUGGUGGUGUCAAUGUCGCCGCGCGGCGUGGGGGCCAAGACGACGAUCGAGCCGUGCUCGGGGUCGGACUCGUGCCCGGCGCUGCUAGGAUACACGCUCUACGCGGACAUGAAGGUGUCCGAGGUGGCCGCGCUCUUCGGCGACGACCCGGCGGUGCUGCUGGCCGCCAACGCGCUCGACUUCGCGGCCCCCGGGGCGGCGCACCGCAUCCUGCCCAUGGGGCUCUUCGUGCGCGUGCCCACCCGCUGCGCUUGCGCCGACGGCGUCCGCAAAUCGGUCUCCGUCCGCUACGCCGCGCGCCCGGCCGACACACUCGCCACCGUCGCCGACGUCGUCUUCGCGGGGCUCGCCUCCGCCGACCAGAUCCGCAACGAGAACGGCCUCUCCUCCACCGAUGCCGACGCGCCGCUCGACGCCGGACAGAAGCUGGUCAUACCGCUGCCCUGCGUCUGCUUCAACUCCUCCGACAACAACCUUCCCGCCCUUUAUCUCUCCUACGCUGUCCAGGUCGGGGACACCGUGCCAGCCAUCGCCGCCAGCUACGAGACCACCGUCACGGAUAUCAUGAAUGUGAAUGCCAUGGGGAGCCCCGUCGCCGCGCCGGGCGACAUUCUCGCGAUCCCAUUGCCAGCAUGUGCAUCUACAUUUCCAAAGUCUGCUUCGGACCAUGGAUUGAUUGUAGCAAAUGGGACCUAUGCUCUUACUGCUGGAAACUGUGUGCAGUGUAGCUGUGGACCAGGCAGUCUCAAUUUAUAUUGCACACCAGCUUCAUUAUCGGGAUCAUGUACAAGCAUGCAGUGUCCUAACAGCAAUGUUAUGCUUGGCAAUGUCAGCACCCAUCCAAUCAGCGCAGGAUGCAAUGUUUCCUCUUGCAGCUACGGAGGUUUUGUUAACGGAACUAUUACCACUUCGCUAAACACAGGUUUUCAACCCAGAUGCCCAGGGCCACAUCAAUUUCCUGUGCUCACGGAUCCACCUACCACAGUGAACCAUGAUUCAACGUAUCUUCCUCCGUUAUCGGCACCAGCACCUGCAGAAGCUGGUGGUGUCAUUCCUUCACCAGGCUCAUCGGUGGAAGGAGGCUUCACACUCCCAAAAGUUUCUCCAGCAAAUGGCCCCGCUGGAAGCGUUUCGGAAGCUCCUUUGAUGGGCAAACCACGUCAAAUUCUACCCUUUCUCGUUUUUUGCCUAGUCUUCUACACGCAGAUGUGAAUCACCAUGUGAAGAAUGCUUAGUUGUAUCCUGAGUAAACUGGAAGCCUCAUUUAGGCAGGCAAGCGAUCGGUAUGAUGAAGGCAAUGCUUUUGAAGCACCAGUCUUGCUAGGGGUAUCAUUACCUCUGAAUUCUGACUUUAUUUCGCAAAAUUCCCCGGCUUUUGUGCCUAAGCAGCAUCUCUGAACAUAUCGUUGCAGCUUUUGUAGCUGCGACAUGGAAAGUGGUAACUGUUGCUCUUCUCUACAGAACAU